UUUGGGAAACCCUGUUCUAUAGCAUGGCUAACUAUAGAAGCAUGGUUAGCCCAGUGUUACCUCGCUUGUCGUUGUGCGUGCUGUCGUUCACAUGUCAGUGCUAUUUCUGGGUCGUCCUUGCUGUGGAGCACGAGAAUGACUUCUUUGUUGUAGCAGGAACUGCCAAUGAACAGCUGAUGAACUGCAGCUAACUGACUUUUCUUUUCAGUUCUCCCGUCUGUGGCCAAAGGAAAGGACAUCUGCUUUGGUUUGGCACCACAGUGCACUGUUCACCUGCCUUCCACUCUUCAGAGAACCCGUGCCACAUUUUGACUAAAGAGCUGGUUCCUGCAGUACUUCAGGAAAAUGACGGCCAUCAACGCUCCACGGGACAAGUAUAAUGCGGUGUGGAUAAUAUUUUUCAUCCUUGGCUUGGGAACCCUCCUGCCAUGGAAUUUCUUCAUGACUGCAACCAUGUACUUCACCAGCCGACUGAAGGACCCGGCCGUCGAGGGCUCAGCCAAUCUGACGGCCAACGCCACGGUGGUGGAGGGAGACGCGAGGAACGUCCUGGAGUCCAAGUUCAACAACGUGAUGACCCUGUGUGCCAUGGUGCCCCUGCUCAUCUUUACCUGCCUCAACUCCUUCAUCCACCAGAGGAUCCCUCAGAAUUGGCGUAUCGCCGGCUGCCUGUCUGUGAUCCUGGUGGUGUUUCUGUUGACGGCGGUGCUGGUCAAACUGGACAUGGACCCUCUCCCCUUCUUCUCUCUCACCAUGAUCAAAAUCAUCUGCAUCAAUUCGUUUGGGGCAGUACUGCAGGGCAGUCUGUUUGGCCUGGCUGGGAUGCUGCCGGCCUCCUACACUGCACCCAUCAUGAGUGGACAGGGUCUUGCCGGGACCUUCGCUGCCUUCUCCAUGAUCUGUGCCCUGGCCAGUGGCUCGUCCCUGCAGGACAGUGCCUUUGGCUACUUCAUCACCGCAUGCGUGGUCAUCUUCCUGGCCAUCCUGUCCUACCUCGCUCUGCCCAGUAUGGAAUUUUUCCAGUACCACCUGGAAAGUAAUGGAUCCAGGCCAGCCGGCGGAGAUGAGGAGAACAAGAUGAACCUAUUGAAAAAAGACAGCCCAGCAGAGAAGAGGCCGGUGGUCAGUCUGACAGAGGGGGAAGACAAGCCCACCAUAUCUGUGUUUGCCAUCUUUAAACAGAUCUGGGUAAUGGCCCUCUCUGUGUGCUUCGUGUUCACCAUCACCAUCGGAACGUUUCCUGCAGUCACAGUUGAUGUCAGAUCCACCGUGGCCGAUGGAGGUGCCUGGGAUACAUACUUCAUCCCUGUGUCGUGUUUCCUGCUCUUCAACGUGAUGGACUGGGCAGGAAGGAGUCUGACGGCCGUGAGUAUGUGGCCCGGUAAGGACAGCGUCAUCCUGCCCGUCAUGGUGGGUCUCCGUAUGGUCUUCGUGCCUCUCUUUAUGCUGUGUAACGUCCAGCCCAGGAACAACCUGCCCGUGCUGUUUGCCCACGACGCCUGGUACAUAGUCUUCAUUAUCCUCUUCUCCUUCAGCAAUGGAUACCUGGCCAGCCUCUGCAUGUGCUUUGGACCAAGGAAAGUGGCACAACACGAAGCGGAGACGGCCGGCACCAUCAUGGCAUUCUUCCUGUCUCUGGGUUUGGCUCUGGGAGCCGCCCUGUCCUUCGUCUUCAGAAUCAUUAUCUAGACCUGGAGUCCCUACAACACCACCCCACCCCUCGGAACACUGUCUGCUCCCCUACCCGCCAUGGAGGAGUUGAACUACAACACUCGGACGCAGCCAGCCUCAGAGCUUGAGUCUGUCUGUGUUUCCCAUCCUCCCGCUGAAUGAUAAUACUCUCCAUUUAGAAAGAAUGCAAAGUUAAUCUAGUUCAGCUGCCUAUGUAACUACUCUCAUCUCGUGCUCUAGUUGCCAACAUCAUGUCUCAUCCUGCAGGGAACAUGGUGGAAGACAGGAGAAGCGCUCUCUCCACUCAAGGGAGUAUUUCAGCUCAUAGGCCAAAAUGCCGCUAUGAGCGGUAAGUGAUGUAUUUAUAUGGAUUGCGAAAUGAUUGUGAAACUUUCUGGCUUCUAAUGUCUUAGUGUGUUAUCAUUGAGUUGUAUGGGCCCUCUAUAGUUUAGAAUAGGUUUAAAAUCUCAAUGGAGUUGUUUUACCAGCCUACGUCCGUGUGUAAAUGCUCAUUAUGGUAUAGCUUUGCCCUGACAUGUAAAGGUAUUUUGUAGUAUAGUAUUUUAAGCACAUCGACAACAAAUAUGCAGCUAUUAAUUACAUGUUGUGCUAGUGAACGGUGAGGGGAGGAGAGUUUGUAAACCGAUCAUUUGCUCUGUCA